AACAGAACUUCACUCCUGGGGCCUAGGACGCUGCUGCAGCCGCUUGCUUUCUGUAAGGAAACUGAGCCCCGGAGUGGUUGUGACUUGUCCGAAGUCAUUGAGCCAGGUUUGGAGUAUCACUGAUCAGAAUUAUUCUGAUCUGAAGAAUUUGGUGUUUUAAAUCAUUAAGAUAAUUGCCUAAAUUGUUCAUGGAGUUUUUCAUCAGUAUGUCUGAAACCAUUAAAUAUAAUGAUGAUGAUCAUAAAACUCUGUUUCUGAAAACAUUAAAUGAACAACGUCUGGAAGGAGAAUUUUGUGAUAUUGCUAUCGUGGUAGAAGAUGUGAAGUUCAGGGCACAUAGAUGUGUGCUUGCUGCAUGCAGUACCUACUUCAAAAAGCUUUUCAAGAAGCUGGAGGUGGAUAGUUCAUCUGUAAUAGAAAUAGAUUUCCUUCGUUCUGACAUAUUUGAGGAGGUUUUGAACUACAUGUAUACUGCAAAGAUUUCUGUAAAAAAAGAAGACGUAAACUUGAUGAUGUCAUCGGGUCAGAUUCUUGGUAUCCGGUUUUUAGAUAAACUUUGCUCUCAGAAGCGAGACGUAUCUAGUCCUGAAGAAAACAACACUCAGGCAAAAAACAAGUAUUGCUUGAAAAUAAACCGCCCCAUUGGAGAUUCCACUGACAAUCAGGAUGAUGAAGUAGAAGAAAUUGGAGAUCAGGAUGACAGUCCUUCUGAUGACACAGUAGAAGGAACUCCCCCAAGUCAGGAAGAUGGUAAGUCACCCACUACCACACUUAGGGUUCAAGAAGCAAUCUUAAAGGAGUUGGGGAGUGAAGAAGUUCGAAAAGUAAAUUGCUAUGGCCAGGAAGUAGAAUCUAUGGACACCUCAGAGUCAAAGGACUUGGGGUCCCAGACUCCUCAAGGUUUAACAUUUAAUGAUGGCAUAAGUGAAGUGAAAGACGAACAGACCCCUGGCUGGACAACAGCUGCCAGUGACAUGAAAUUUGAGUAUUUACUCUAUGGUCACCGGGAACAGAUUGCCUGUCAAGCAUGUGGAAAGACAUUUUCAGAUGAGGCCCGCUUGAGAAAGCAUGAAAAGCUCCAUACAGCAGAUAGGCCAUUUGUUUGUGAAAUGUGUACCAAAGGCUUUACCACACAGGCCCACCUGAAAGAACACCUGAAAAUCCACACUGGAUAUAAGCCUUAUAGCUGUGAAGUGUGUGGGAAGUCGUUUAUCCGUGCCCCGGACUUAAAAAAGCACGAAAGAGUUCAUAGUAAUGAGAGACCUUUUGCAUGUCACAUGUGUGACAAAGCCUUCAAACACAAGUCCCAUCUGAAAGAUCAUGAAAGAAGACACAGAGGGGAAAAGCCUUUUGUUUGUAGCUCCUGUACAAAAGCAUUUGCUAAGGCAUCUGACCUCAAGCGCCAUGAGAACAAUAUGCACAGUGAGAGGAAACAGGUCCCCACUAGUGCCAUCCAGAGUGAGACUGAACAGUUGCAGGCAGCUGCUAUGGCGGCUGAGGCGGAGCAACAGCUUGAGACUAUAGCUUGUAGUUAGGUGCAAUCAGAGAUCAGAGGAAAUCGUAAAUAUUGAUCCCCAGGAGUCAGUUACUGCAUAUACUUUGAGAUUAAAUUGGUCAAAAAUGAAUUUCUCAAGACUGGUCCCUGUAUUUUUGUGAAAACUUGUGAAGAGUUAUUAUCAUUGAACUGAAGACGGUGCUUCUUGGUUAGAUGCUUUAAAAACUUAUCAAGGAAAUGUUUCUUCAGAAUUCUGACCAAAUGGUUUUACUGUCGCACGUAGCAAAUCGUAGUAGUAGUGCCAGUUUGCUGUUCAUUUUUAAAAUGGUUUUAAUUUGAGAACUCUUGUGUAAGUCAUAGAAGUAAAAAAAAAAAACUUCAUUUUUAAUUCUUGUAUUCCUAUUGCACUUGGAGUAUAUUAUACAGAAUGAAUGAUGGGGUACAUUGAUUUCUUAAUCAACUCUUUGUGACUGCUGGUCAAAGCAAAUUUUUAUUCCAUAGAUAAACAACAAUGGGAACCCUUAUCAAGUACCAUCCCUAUUUAGAGUGCCAUGCUAGCUUUUGGGGAGAGAUACACAGUUUACAUGAGACAUGGUCCCAAGUACAAAAUAUUUAGAAGCAGAAAAUGCUUGAUGAAUGAUUGACCAUGAGUUGAGCAAUCAAAACAUAUCAGUAGAAGUCAUGAAAGAACAAAUUGAUAUUAACAUUUGGUUUAUUUGUUUUGCAAGUUUUUCCCCCUGUAUUUGGUGAAAUCCAGGUGUUGAUUGCCUUGUGGGCAAGGGUUCUUCAUCACUUUGUUGCUCCUCAUUCACUUAACCUGACUUUCCUCCCCACUCUAUAUACAUUGAAUUAGAUUGUACAGCAGGCUGUACAGUCUGUUUGGUUUAUCAGUAUGGCCAGAUAGUAAGCACUUGUCAUCUUGAGGCCAAGUCCUUUAUAGCCUUCCCAUUUUGAGGUGUCUCUUGCUAUGUGAAUUUUUCUUGUUUUGAAAUGUCAUUUUCAAAGUAGGGGAAUGUUAUGACGGAUGGUGGCAGCUGGAGAUAGGAUUGUGACUCUUAGAGAUAAGUAUUUUGUGUGAAUACUUAAUUGCCUACCAACAUUCAUCAGAUUCAAUAAUUGCAAUUGAUUUCAAAAUUGGAUUUUUUAAAAAAAUUAAAGAACAAGACUGUUUAAUAUUAAGUUGGUAACAUUUGAAAGAAGAGUGUUAACUAAAUGCACUUCUUCACAUACAUUUGUAUAGCUCAUCAGACUUACAUAAAUCUGUUGAACUCUGCAGGACAUGAUUUAUCCAGUCAAGAAACCACAAAGUUGCAGCAUAUGUAAAUUAAUAAUUAGAAAAAAGUCUUUUUAUGUUAGGUGUGUAAAUAGUAUAGAAUUUUCAGUGUUACAUAUUUCUAGUAAAUAUGGACAGAGCUGCACUUUUUUUUUGCACAUUUGAUUAGAAUACAUUUUAAGUCUGCAACAAACAUUUAUGACCAACAUAAAAGCUGCCGGACUCAUUAUUUCUGUUUGCUUCACAAUUGCUUGCAUUUCUACUUAGAAAUUAAGAAUGCCUUUUUGUAGCUGUUAAACCGAUUCUAAUGAUGAACUUUGUUUCACUUUCAGUGUAUAUGAUUCAUUUGACCACUUCGUUAAAAAUUCUUUAAAAUUCCAUCAAUAGCUUGGAAUACCUUCCGUAAUA